AAGGUGGUACUGAUGCUGUCAGCCAGUCAAACUACAAAGAGCGUUUGAAAUUGGCAAAUGGGCCACGAACCGCCAUCCAGUUAGGCAGUACUUAGUUACCUAUUUCUGUUCAUCCAGGUUGCUACGUGGUCUUGGGAUAUAGAGCCUUACUUGGGCUUAUAGUCUUAGGUUAGUAUGUAGGUACCUACUUGAAAAAUUCCAUAGUAAUUUUAUAGGCCCUUGUCUAAUACUGGGAGCAGUACCAUACAUUAUUCAUUAGCAAUAAGACGUGAUUUUGUCUUUUCAUUGAUUAGUUAUCAAUCAUUUAAAUGAUUUCUCACCCGCAUUGAAUCCAUCGAUAGAUAUACCUACCCUUAGAUGAAAUCAAGACAUCAUGAAUGAAAUAAUCGAGUCCAACGUGUACGACCUGAUAUAUCCCAGCCCAGUCACCCUGAAAGAAAUCUCAUCUAUCGUAGUUGUUGUGGAAUUAUGGCGUGAAGAAAUCUGCGCACACAUAGAAAGUAAGCGUUUACAAGAAUUAAAGUUGAAUUUGGAAGAAAAUGGCAUUCAAUUGAGAAACGUGAUACCCAAUUUGCCAUCUGCGAUUUACGAUUUCCUGGAGAAAUACGUCGACGUAUUCGGAGUGUCAAUCUUGCAAUGGGUGCAUUUUCAUCACUCUGAUGUACUCCAUCGGUGUGACGGUGAUUUGGAGAAGAUUUUGAUUCGUUUUCAUGAUUUUGCAUGGGACUGGAACGGCGCCAUUCAUUAUCGGCGCACAGCCGAACGUUUGAUGUUGUGCGAUCGACUCACUGAAUAUGAGAAAUUCCAGGUAGCUUGUUUUUACUGCUUUGAAGACGAUAUCAAACGAAUUUGGCCAUCUGUCAGCGCGAUGGUGGAUUUGAGUAGUAUUGAUUUUGAUCGUUACUCGCAAAUGUUCUACUGGAUUUGCUGUCUUAGAAGCGAACUAGACAAAAUACCCAAUCUACGUAAUGUGUCUGUGGACGAGGUGAUGCUUUAUAAGUACAGAUCAGGAUCGAUUAUUAACCAUUCAUUAGUGACGUAUUUUUGGGAUCGUAUACCCUCUAAUAAACAGCCACAAAUAGUUAUAGAAAUGUUUGAGAAUUGGUCGGAUUUAUUCUGUAGGUUUAUAUUACCAAAGCUGAACAAACACCAACUAGAGAUAUUUCUGACGGCGAAAGGUGCUGAUCUUGUCAAGUCUCUGUUGUAUUUUAGAUGCCGCGCUUCGGAGCCACGUACUUCUUAUUUUUCUUUUGGAACUUGGACGUACAUUCGAAAUAAAAUUAGUACUAAUAAUUUUAUUGGAUAUGUUAAGAAAUCUCUUGAGUUUGAGAUUUUCGAUUCCACGGGCGGAGAAUUUUAUAAGAAUGAAUUAUUUAUGUUCCGCGAGAUAUGGAAAAGUGCUUCACAGCAUUUCAAACGAUCGGCGGUGAAAAAUGCACUAACAUGGAAUAAGCCACGGUAUCUCAAGCGUACAUCGGCGAAAUUUCUCAUUGUUCUACUACAGGAUGCUACUGUUGAAGAGAGAAACGCCUUUUGGAAUAAAAAUUGGUAUGAUAUGUUGUAUUGGUGUGUUGCCAGCGAUUCGCUUAUAGUGAUGAAAUUGUGUUUACAAACAGAAAACGAAAUCGCGUUAUUUAAUAAGAACUUGAUGGCGAAUCAUGAAGAUAUCACUACGUACUGCGUUCUGUUGAUGGCAAUAGGGUGUUUUGAACGAUUAAAUGACUUUCUGUCUGUUUGCUACCCCGAUGUGCGAGAAAGAAACGAGUUUAAACAGCGUAUAUUGAGGUUGCAUUUAUUGAGAGAAGAUCGUGUAUUGAAAGUUGAUUUAUUCAGAAACAAUAAAUCGCUAAAUGAGUUUAUCAACGAUGCUUUUCAAGAUGCUGCUGAUCUCGGCGUUGAAUUUAGAAACCAAUUCAGAUCGUCACCUGCAACCGAACGCUGUUUAUUCGAAUGUACUGGCAGGGGCGAUUUCGUUAUCGUGAUGGAAUUCGUCGACACUUUUUUUCCUGAUGAACAAGUCAGGAUGCCUAUGAAAAUACGUUUGUUUGAGCAUUUCAAAGAGCAUUUGGUUGCUGGUAGUGUUUCGCUUAGGGGUAGUGAUGAUUUCAAGCUGGAUGAUUUUAUAACGUGGUGCUUUAACAACGACGAAAAUAAAAUUGACAGCUUUAAAAAGCAAUUUUAUCCUAAAAAAGAAGGGUCGUCUCCUCCUAGAAAACGUAGAAGGAUGGUGUAGCGAUUCUUCGAAUCUGAAGUUAUACUUAUUAUUCUUUUUUAUUCAGCGUGUCAAAUAAUAAUAACCUUUUAUCGUUUUCCUGUUUCGUGUUUUUAUUCUUAAUACCUACGUAAGUACAUUGGUGAUAUUAUGAAUAUUUUGUGGCUAGAUAUAUCAAGUAGUAAUAAUCGAUUGUUAUCACUUAACUGUUCUUUACCUACAUAAGUAAUAAACGUAUUAAAUUAA